AUGUCAUCUACUUCGCUCAAGCAUGUGAUGUUUUAUUAUGAAAUAGAAAUGUUUUGUAAACGAGCAGAUGAGAAGACAAAUAUUAUGCUGCUGUAUUAUGUUAAUAAUUACAAGCGCGUUUACGGCAUUUACACUGUGUGGUGUUAUUUGACCGCCAUCGGUGUUAUUUGCGGGCCGUUACUGCUUCCGCAACAAUUACCGACUCAUGCAAAGUAUCCGUUUUCCGUGGAACAGCAUCCCGUAAAAAGUAUAAUAUAUUUACAUCAGUCAAUAGUCGGUUUACAAGCUGCAGCUGGACUGUGCAUUCAGGUAAACCUCGCAAUUCUUCUAUUCUACUCUUCGGUGAGAUUUGAUUUGCUAGCACAGAAAAUUCGUAAUAUUACGAAUGAGCAUGAACUCGAUACGUGCAUCCAGUUGCAUGAUGAAAUAUUAAGAUAUACAGCCAAAGUAAUUAACGUUGUACGACCUCUGCUUUUAACUACAAUAACAACGACGGCUAUAGGUGUUGUUUUUGGAAGUUUAAACAUGGUUACU